UUUCACAACAACACUGAAAAAUGAGCGCCCUGUCCAACUAUUGAUGAGGUCGUAUAGAAGUCAUCGAUCUUCUGAUCGAGUCGCCUGGUUCAAUUCAAACGAGUUUACAGUUGAUUUUAAAGACGAGAACAAUGAAUGAAGCGGAUUAUCGUCAACGUAGCGGCACCGUGAGUCAGCCUUAUGAACGAAAGCCGCAGAUCAAACCGCAUCAGCUGCAGGAUGCUGAUCUCAACCAAACUACCGAGUUUCAUGCUGAUGUCCAACAGCUGUUGGUGAUUAAAGAAGAGGUUCCCCCAGAAUGGAGCCCCUCUGAUGACCAGUGGUCCCAAGAGCCCCUGCGCAUAAAGGAGGAGCGUGAGGAACUGUGCACCACUCAAACAGCAGAACACUUUAAAGGGCUGGAGGAUGCUGAUACCAGCAGGCUCCCGUUCACUGCUGCUCCUGUGAAGAGUGAAGAUGGUGAAGAGAAACCUAAUUCUUCAGAGCUUUACUGUCAUCAAACGAGUAAACAAAUAAAAACUGAGACUGAUGGAGAUGACUGUGGAGGACCAGAAUCAGCCAGAAACCUUGAUACACAAAGUACUUUACAACCUAAUGAAGUGGAAAAUGAUUCGGACUCCUCUGAGACUGAACUCAGUAACGAUGGUGAUGAAUGGCAGGGACCUUUGUCAGAUUUUAGACCUGAAACUGAAGACAGUGACAAUGCUUGGGAGGCAAGCAGGUCACCUGAGUCAGGUGUAAAUUGUCAUGUGAGAUGUGACACUACCGAAAAACCCUUUAUCUGCUCUGAGUGUGGAAAACGUUUUCUCCACAGGCAGUCUCUCCACAGACACAUGAGAAUCCACACUGGAGAGAAACCUUUUUGUUGUGCUGUUUGUGGCGAGAAAUUUAGCAGGAAGACACAUUUUAAGACGCACAUGAGAGUUCACACAGGCGAAAAACCCUUUGAUUGUGGUUUUUGUGGUAAAGGGUUCAGCCAGAAGUCAAAUUUUAAGGAACACUUACGAGUCCACACAGGAGAGACUCCAUUUGGCUGUGAUGCUUGCGGGAAAAGAUUUAGAGUUAAUUUUACUCUUAAAAGACACAUGCGAGUCCACACAGGAGAAAAACCGUUUGUUUGUGUUGACUGUGGAAAGACAUUCAGUUCCAAUACGCACCUUAAGACACACACGAGAGUCCACACGGGAGAGAAACCAUUCAGCUGUGGUGUUUGCGGCGAGAGAUUUGCACAGCAAGGGGUUCUGAAGAGUCACACACGAGUUCACACAGGAGAGAAACCUUUCGGAUGUGGUCUGUGUGGAAAGAGAUUUAGACAGCAGAAUACUCUCAAGAGACACAUGAGCGUCCACACGGGAGAGAAGCCGUUCUCCUGUGGCGUCUGCGGCGAAAGAUAUACCAGACAGGGAAGUUUGAAGAGACACAUGAGUGUACACACAACUGCACAGCUGCUGGUGAUUAAAGAAGAGGUUCCAUGGAGCCCGAGUCUGGACCAGCAGGAAGCAGAGCAUCUCUACAUAAAGGAGGAACAGUGGAAACUCUGCAGAAAUCAGGAGGAAGACCUGGAGGAGACCAAUAUCACCAACUUCCUUGUAAAGAGUGAAGAUAAUGAAAAGAAAUGUAUGUCCUUGGAGCUUCAGCCAAGCCAAACUGAACACAUCUCAGAGGCUGAAGCUCCAAACAGCAACUCAGCCAAAGGGAGGAAUCCAGAAGAGGAUGGAGGCACAUGA